AUGAAGACCCUGAUCUUUCAGGUCAUCCUUGGCACAGCGGCCGUAUUCAUCGCUGGAUGCGAUGCCACUUCUCACCAUCAUCGGAUGCACCAGGCGUAUCAGCGUUUGGCUCAUCCUCACAGCCAUGUUCACUCGCGAGCCGAGUCCAACGUCCUAGUCAAGCGAGGAACCUGCGCCUUUCCUACUGAUGACUCCAACCUCGUUGCUGUCACCCCUGAUCAGAAGAAUGCGGGAUGGGCUAUGAGCCCUGAUCAAGAGUGUAAGCCAGGCAGCUACUGUCCUAUUGCCUGCAAGCCCGGCAUGGUUAUGAAUCAAUGGGACCCGGAUUCGACGUAUACUUAUCCUGCCUCCAUGAAUGGUGGAUUGCAUUGCGACGAGAACGGCAACGUCAAGAAGCCUUUCCCCAACAAGCCCAACUGUGUUGAAGGAACUGGGUCCGUCAAAGCCAUCAACAUGUGCAAAAAACACAUGUCCUGGUGCCAGACUGUUCUACCUGGCAAUGAGGCCAUGUUGAUCCCUACUCUUGUCAAGUCUGAAGCUGUUAUCGCUGUUCCUGGCUCUUCGUACUGGCAGAGCACUGCCGCUCACUUUUACAUUAACCCUCCUGGUACUGGUACCGAUGGGUGCAUUUGGGGCACUGAAGACAAAGCCAUUGGUAACUGGAGUCCCUACGUUGCUGGCGCCAACACCGACAGCAAUGGCCAAACUUUUGUCAAGAUUGGAUGGAACCCUAUCUGGGAAUCAUCCGGCCUCAAGGGGACGAAACCUGGAUUCGGCGUAAAGAUUGAAUGCCCCGACGGUGGCUGUUCUGGCCUGCCCUGCCAGAUCGAUCCGUCCGCUGCCGAGGGCAGUGUUGCCAGCAAAGAUGCCGCUGUUGGUGCCGGUGGUUCUUCUUUCUGUGUCGUCACUGUUGCCAAGGGCAGCUCUGCCCAUAUUGUCGCUUUCGAUGGAUCUGGCGGUAAUAAGGAACCACCCAAGCAGUCUUCAUCUGCUCCCCCUCCUCCUCCCCCGCCAUCCACCUCACAGCAGCCUACGACGACCCAGAUCCCUACGACGUCGUCUACGCCCCCUAAGCCAACCACCACCAGCGUCGCGCCGACUACGACUUCCCAGCCUACCACGACACUCGCCCCAACAACUUCGUCCUCGACAUUGACGACCUCAUCGUCAUCCUCAUUGUCGUCGUCGUCGUCAUCCUCAUCGUCAACAACAUCAUAUGCUCCUCCUACUCUCAUCCCUGGUAUAUUCCACGAAAACGGUACUUCCUUGAGCAACUCCACGACCACAUUGGCGUCGUCCACAGCCCCCACAACUUCGAUAGCCGAGACAACCGUCCCCAACGUCCCUAUUCCCACCGAAAAGAAAGGAGAAGCUGGCAGACAGCAAGGCAGUGCAGCUGUGGCCGGCCUCGUCGUGGCCCUCGUCGCAGCCGCUUGCUUGUUCUAG